AUGAAUAUAUUCCCCGGCGGUACAUGGAAUGAAGAGCUUGACAAACAGUUGCUGGAUGUUGGGCCAUCGCCAGCGGCCAUAUCAGCAUUACCUGAAGCACCAACAGCUGAACUUCCAGCAGCAGCAGGCAAAAGAGUAUCGGCGAAGAAGAAGCAAGAAGACGAGGAUCUGGCUGAGCUGGAAGCAUGGGCAAAUGCUUAA